CUCCGAGUGGCCUUUUGCGGUGGUCGUCGUCGUCGUCGUCGUCGUCGUCGUCAGCAGGAGGGAGGUUGCUCCCAGGAUGCGUGGAGAAAAGGAAAAGGAGGGCGGGGACUCUGCGAGAGCAUGCCCAACCCCGCGCCCUCGCCGCCCCAUUCCGCCUGUGGGCCGACACGGCCGGAGCGCCCAGGUUUCCUUUGCACCGCUCGUCCCCGUUCUCUCCCGCCGCCCUGCCGGGAUCCCGGGGGCGGCGCCGAAUCCGGGUCCGCCCCGCGGCCCCGCCCGCCCCGCGCUCGCUCGCGCCGACAGCCGGCGGGAGUCCGGGCGCGACCCGGCCAUGUCCACGAAACCUGAGCUCAUUGAACUGAGGGAACUGGAACCCGCGCGGCGCGCGGGCCCCGGCCGCACCCGGCUGGAGCGUGCCAACGCGUUGCGCAUCGCGCCGGGCACCGCGCGUAAUCCGGCACGGCAGCUGGUCGCGGGCCGCGGCCACCACUUCCAGCCCGCGGGGCCUGCCACACACACGUGGUGCGACCUCUGCGGCGACUUCAUCUUGGGCGUCGUGCGCAAGGGCCUGCAGUGCGCGCAUUGCAAGUUCACCUGCCACUACCGUUGCCGCGCGCUCAUCAGCCUGGACUGCUGCGGGCCCCGGGACCUGGGCUGGGAACCUGCGCUGGAGCGGGACACCAACGUGGACGAGCCUGUGGAGUGGGAGACACCUGACCUUUCUCAGGCUGAGACUGAGCAGAAGAUCAAGGAGUACAAUAGCCAGAUCAACAGCAACCUCUUCAUGAGCCUGAACAAGGAUGGCUCCUACACAGGCUUCAUCAAGGUUCAACUGAAGCUGGUGCGCCCUGUCUCGGUGCCCUCCAGCAAGAAGCCACCCUCCUUGCAGGCUGCCCAGCGGGGCCCAGGACGGGGCACAGCUGUGAGGCGCCGCACCUCCUUCUACUUGCCCAAAGAUGCCGUCAAGCACCUGCAUGUGUUGUCACGCACACGGGCACGCGAGGUCAUUGAGGCCCUACUGCGCAAGUUCUUAGUGGUGGAUGACCCCCGCAAGUUUGCACUCUUUGAGCGGGCUGAACGCCAUGGCCAAGUGUACCUCCGGAAGCUAUCAGAUGAUGAGCAACCCCUGCGGCUGCGGCUCCUUGCAGGGCCCAGCGAGAAGGCCCUAAGCUUUGUCCUCAAAGAGAAUGACUCUGGGGAGGUAAAUUGGGAUGCCUUUAGCAUGCCUGAGCUACACAACUUCUUGCGCAUCCUGCAGCGGGAGGAAGAGGAACACCUCCGCCAAAUCCUGCAAAAGUACUCCUAUUGCCGUCAGAAGAUCCAGGAGGCCCUGCAUGCCUGCCCCCUGGGGUGACCUCUUGUACCCCUGGGUGAAAGGAGGAGAGUAGGCAGCGCCGAGGGCGUGCCGUGUGAGUGUGACAGGGCCCGUGUGGCCUGAAGAAUGAGUGUGCAUGGAGGCCCUCUCUUACUGGGGGAAUGAGCCCAGAGAACAGCAAAGGAGCUGGCCCCCUGUGUCCACCCACAGGUAUAGCAGAACAUGGCUCUGCAUUCUUCUGCCCUUUGUGUAGUGGGCCAUGGUGGGCCAGGGUUGCCCUGGGAAGCUGCUCCAGGCUUGCAGCAGGGAUAGAGCAGACAGAAGUCUCCUUAAUUCGUGUCUCAGAUACUAGAAUCUUGGAGACCCUACAAACAGAAUAGGUCGUGUUUUCAGGGAUGAGGGCCUUCAUCUAUGGGGAAAAGUCGUAUGUUUUGGGUCUUGGAUGGGGUGUCAGGACAGCCCUAUUGGAGCCAAGGGCAGGUGUUCGAGGUAAGACAGGCAUCGGGAAAGAGCCUAGGUUUUCCUCUGCAGUGGCCUCUGUCUCCUCACACACACUGGGGUCAGGAAAUGCUGGCUCAUGGUGCAGAAACAGUGCCUCAGUGCCUCCUCCAAGGAGGAUGUCCCUAGGCCAGGGUCUGUGUGAGUGUGGGCACUGGUCCAGGUCCGUGCCUUGUUUGCCAGUCAGAGCGAGGGUCUUUCCCUCAGUUAUUUUUGAUGAUGUGUGCGAAUGUAUGUAAUAUUUUGUGGCCUCAGCUGCAUGCCUCCUGUGGGGAAGGGGGUGGGGGUAACAGUCAUCAUCAGGGCCUGGGGCCUGAGAGAAGUGGCUGAAUAAAGAUUGAAGAAUUCUGCUUUUAAA